AUGUAAAUUAAAGAAGGAAAGAUGUAGAGGAAGGGUUUCUCUGCCUUACAGUGUGCUUGGCUGGGCUAUCCUUUGGUGCUGCUAUCCUGUAUCUGUGUCAUCAGAGCAAAUAAGCCUCCUCUUGUAAGUGCUGACCUCAAGCUGUGUAGUAAAUUCUGGUGCCAGCCAAACCUGUGUUGGGUUGCAGUGGUGUGUUCUUCUCAGUGUGAUGCUGCUGUAUUGCUUUCACCACAAGCACCAAAGGCUGUCAGAUGCUUUCCUUUGGGACUCAAUUCCAGCUGCAUGACCUAGGAUUACAGUUGCUAUGGCGAUAAGACAGUUUGUGAAGGAAGGAGUGAAAGGGAGAAGCUAUACAGCAGUGUGGUCUGUGUCUAGAACUGCUGCAUCCCCAUCCCGAUGGAGCCUAUCAGGAUACCAGCUACUCAAAAUUUGCUCUGCCCCAGGACACGGUAUGGAAGCCAUUGCCAAGUUUGAUUUCACGGCUUCUGGAGAAGACGAGUUGAGCUUCCAGGCUGGGGAUGUGUUGAAGGUUUUGAGCUCCCAGGAAGAGUGGUACAAGGCUGAGCUCCGAAGUCACGAGGGCUACGUUCCCAAGAACUUCAUUGAUUUCCAUGUUCCCCCCUGGUUUGAUGACAAGAUAUCCCGCCACGAAGCAGAGAACCUUCUCAUGAGCAAAGGAGUCGGCUGCUUCAUCGUCCGAGCCAGUCAGAACUCUCAUGGUGACUUCUCCAUCUCUGUCAGGCAUGAAGAUGAUGUGCAACACUUCAAAGUGAUGAGGGAUGCAAAGGGUAGCUAUUACUUGUGGACAGAGAAAUUCCACUCUCUAAACAAGCUGGUGGACUACUACAAGACCACUUCCAUCUCCAGGCAGAAGCAGAUCUUCCUAAGGGACAACAGCCAAGAAGAAAAGGAGAGGCGUGGUGGGAGCCUGGAACGGGUAGGCCGGGAAGGAUUCCACAUGGGAGGAGCAGCUGGAGAAGAUCAUUCUUCUAUAUCCAAGAGAUAUGUAGAGCAUCCUGUUCCCAUACUGCAGCAGCAGCAGGAAAGAUAUGGUGGGAGUCUGGACAGGAAAGACAUGAUGCAUAGACCAAGGGACCAUGGCCAAGGAGGUGCAGGUGCUAUGCAACGGAGACACACAGACCCACUGCACCAGCAGAUGCCGCGAACGCUGUGGGUCCGUGCCCUGUACGACUUUGAUGCUCUGGAGCACGAUGAGCUGGGCUUCCGCACUGGGGACAUCUUAGAGGUCCUGGACAGCUCCAACCCAUCCUGGUGGAAAGGACGCCUGCGUGGGGAACUGGGUCUCUUCCCUGCCAACUACGUCACACCGGUGCUGCUGUGAGGGCACAGUACGGCCCAGAGAGCUCUGCUGGAGCUGCUCUUCUGACGUGACAGGGACAGAGAAGGAGUGCAUCUUCCCUUGCCACCAGGACAUACAUUGUUUUUUGUUCUGUCUUAAUUUAUUGGCAAUAGAUCUUUUGAAAUGUUGGUAUGAAAAAGAACCCUUUGAGGAAGAAAUUUUUUACCCCUUUUUUUUUACAGUCAUCAAGGGGAGGGAGCAAAAAUCUUGGACUGUUCAUUGAGACUUUGCUGGGUCCUCCCUGCCCUGUCACCUCUUUGGCCAACUAUUGAUAAGCUCCUGCAAUUAGGUUUAUUCUGUGGAAAUGCCCCUCAGGAAAGUCAGGCUUCAGGUUAACUUCAGGUUCAGUAUUCUGGUAGCCCUAUCCUUUCAUUUUGGAUUUGGUAGCAGUCAUAGUCUCUUCAGGCCCCAUUCCACCUUUCUGUCAGAGGCAGGAGGGACACCCAUAUGAAUUAAAUGGUUCUUGGAAACCACAUUAAUCCUUCAGGUAGGGCUUUAGGUUGAGGUUGAAACAAUCUAGGCUUUUCUUAAUAGUUUCUGGUUGUCUUCUAGUUUAACUAUUUUCUUAAUAGUUUCUGGCUUACCCAUCUCACACUGUGUGUGUGGACUGUAUGGAUAUACCAGGUGAAAGGAAGGAACCCUGGAAGCUUUUGUACAAACAUGCAAGUGGUGAAGGUAUGGGAGGGCAAGAAGCUUUCUUUGCUUCUUCUUGUAGACCUGCUCUUCUUUCUGUACCCCCUAACAACUUACCCAUUUUCAAGCUGCUCUCUUAGGUACCUACUUCACUUCUACUUCAGCUAGAUAGCCUGGUUAGAGCAGAUCAGGCCCUUCAGCUAAAUUAGUAUCCAUUGAUUGGAUAGCAACUAAUAUCCCUCAUUGGUUCCUUUUGUAGAACUGAGCUGGGGAGGGAUUGGAGAGGUUUCUCUGGUUUGGUGGCAGAGGUUCUUUCCUGGGAACUUGCUGUGCUGAGGAUCACCAUGUACACAACUCUGGCUUACUGGAGAAAUGUCUCAGAAAUGUCUUAACAACAGGUUAAGCUGUUGUUUUACAGUAGGCAGAGAAUAAAGCUGUAGCCAUCUAAUAGUCUAUUCUCUAUUCCAGUUUCUUUUGGAUAAAAUAAGGUAAAUUAAUAGGUUUUCAAAUAACUGCUGAGGGAAUGCCCAGAUGUGAUAGAAAUUUUUUGCACAUGCACAUUACCUGUCCACUUCACAAACCCUGUGAAGGGGACUCAACUGCAUAACCACUGCUCAGGCAUGUUCAUAUGAAACAAGCUGCCUGAAUUUUUCACAAUGUGUGGGACCUCAGCAGUCAGCAAGAAGUGAUGAUUAAUCAUUACUGAAAAAGAAAGAAUAGGUAAGUGAAAAACCUCUAAACACAAAUCAGACUCAGCAACCAAAAAAAAAAAUUCUUAUCUUUUGUUAGUGCCAGUGGAAGAAAAAGAACCCAGGAAAUAGGUUCUUGGGGAAGGCAAAUUCAAUGUAGCUGGCCUGAAUAAAGCUGCCAGCUAGACAGAGUAUUAGCACAAAGAACCCAUUUUGAGAGAACUCCAAAAGCAGAUUGUUAAUGGGUGAAGUAAAAUGAGAAUAUUUAACAAGGCAUAUAAGCUCCAAAGAGAAUAGAAAACUUUGAAAGACACAGUAAGAACUUACUGGCUACCACAGUGGUCCAGGGAACACGACUGCCUGGGCUGGAUGUGGCUCUGUUCUCUUGCAGGAGCUCUGUUGUAGCCCUUUAGUGUCUUCUUCUGAAGGGAAGUCCAGGAGGGUUCUUUUGGAACAAGAUCCCUUAUCCUUGUAUGAGGAUAUAACCUCAGUGACUUCAGUAUGAAGAGCAGUUUGGUGUGAUUUGCCCUUUUUUAACCUUUUUGUGUGUUGGUUGGUUUUCUGCUAAAGUAGUAACAAAUUUGGAAGAGAGAGGGUUAAUACUCAGUGACAGUGAGGGAGAGCAUUAAGGCCAAGAGGAGAUGGAACCAAGAAACCAGAGACUAACAAAGGCAAAGGAGGGAUAAAAAUGAUGAGUCUUUCAUAUUCAGCUCUGGCUGAAACAAAAGAAACGGUGUAUUCACAAUUAUUCCCAUCAUGUCAAAUCAUCUUUCAAUUAAUUCCCUUUUUUCUGUAUUAGUUACUUUUAAAAUUAGAAGCAAUGUCUCCUUUUCCUUUCCUCAGCACUCUAAAGACCCUCUUGGUAGUGAAGAUGUAGUUGCACAAAAUUAAUUGAAGAUAAUGCACUUAGCAGUUUGAUAGCUCUUCACGCAUUUGAAACCCCUUUACAGAGAUUAACUAAUUAAGCAGGUCUAAGUAGUGCAUUGUAAGUACCCCAGUGUUAACUCAUGACUCAUUUGAGGAAGAGGUAAAUUUUCACGUGAUUUUUGAAUUGAUGUUUAAGGAACUAAUACCUAAGGUAAUUCGUAUUAAAGGACUGCGCGCUAAUUAUGGACAACAUACCAGAACCACAGUAAAAUCAGGAUUUCUCAUUAUGAGCAGCACCUAAUGACAGCAAAAUUACCAGGAGGUGACAGCCCCACGGCAUCUGUGAUAACUCCCCCAGUGCCUUGCUCUGCUGCCUGUGCAGGGGCCAGGCUCAGGGCUGCCUUGCCCAGUCUCUCUUGCCUCUGCUUUUGGCCCUGCAGUGCUGCCUGCAGUUACUGCACACGGCAGGAGCUGCAAGGCACGGGGGUCAGCCUGCAUUUUUGUACCCUCCCACAGUAAAAGUCUUUUUUUCCCCCAGCAAAAGAGCAGUGCUAAGGGUUGUAGCUAUUCCCAAGUCAGUGGAGAGUCCAGAUACAAGGGGAGGUAUGCACAAAGUGGAGAAUUUUGGAGGGAUAGAAGGGGCUGUAGGAUGGAGAUAUUUUCUAUGCUCCAUGCCAUUUCCUGCCCAUGAAAUCCUCUCACAGAUAGGCCACUUCAUAAGGAAAGAGAGAGACACUCCUCUCCUCUAACCACAUUCCCUGCCAACCUUCCUGCUCUUUCUUCCAACAGGUUUUAAUUGUAGCACAAUCCUUAUUAAUAUUGUGAUGACUCAUUUACACCUCAGAGUCUAUUGCCCGUGCAAGAGGCACAUAUUAGCAACCUAGGACUGGAGCCUUAAGGUGACAGUGCUGCACUGACCUUACUUGACAUUUGCCAGUGUUUUGGAAAGAACCAAACCUCUGGAACAUAUCCCAGGAGAGUCCACUGUGAAACCAAAAUGGGAAGGGAUAAAGAGGAAAACCAGAAGAAUAUUUUGUUUCUUAUUUUUCUUAAGCAAGAAAGACAGUUCAUGAGAGAAGAGAAUGUAAACUGAGAUAAAAGUAGGAAAAGUAUGUGGGAAGGCAAACAUAAAUUAAACAGAGAAAGCUGGACUUGUACGUGGUAAAAUAAGUUUGAUGAGCACAGCUGAGCUGUGCUUUCUCCUGUCUGAAUGAACUUUUUUCCUGUGUUCUUCUGAAAAUCCAUAUUUUGCUUGGAAAUGUCUCUGUGAUUAAUAAGUCUGAGCUAAAAAGAGUAAAUGGA